AGACAGGCUCCGCCCUCGGCGUAUGACUGACAGCCUGGGUCAAGGCAAAGGGAAAAAAGGAGACGCGGACGCGGGGGAAGCGAACUAGAUGCCAGUGGGAAGCCAGAGGAAGCAGGUUAGGAGUGCGAACAGGAGAUGUGUGCGCUGCCGUCCCUGGGGUUCUAGCUCAAGAUUUCCUCGUGAAGUUCUCUGCUGCGGAACCACAGUGUGACCUGUCUAAAUCGAUCAGGGCCAGGUGUAGCCUAGGUGACUUCCUGCGCCUUUGCGCUUGGCUGCUUCCAGGCCUUCUGGUGAGAGCCAAAGAACCUGAGGCUGAAGGGAGCGGAGAGAGAGCAAAUGGGGCCGAGAGCCUGCCCACCGCCCCCAGGUCCUAAGUGAUGGGCGUGCCCCCAGGCCGUUGGGCUCCCUUGGCCCCGUGCCCUCCUUCUUCUGCUUGCUCUAUCUCCUCCCGGUGGCUCUCAGGCCGGAGAGGAGAUAAGUAGCUCUUGGAAUCCCAGCCGAUGAACUUCGGACCCUGCACCACCCUCCUUCCACUGGUCUCCUGCUUUCUUAUCGGACCUGGCUCCCGCAAGAGCUGCGGAGGCCGCUGUUCUUAGUGGGGACACUUUUCACUCCGACGGGACAUAGCGUGCCGGGUGGUGCUGCCAGCCCCGAGCUAGCGAAAAGCAGAGAGCCUCCUCUCGCGUCCUAGCCGGUGCUCUCUCCUCUCAUCCCGGCCCCGGGCUGCUCCUCCCACCCCGGCUCUUUCGCCUCCCCAUCCCGCCCCUGCCCCACAUUUGGACGCAGCGCUCGAACUGCAGCCGUCACUCGCUCGGGAUGGAACCCUCGCGGAGAUCACCGCCGCCUUCCAUGGAAACGGGGCGCGGGGAGCACGAGGCAUCGCAGGUGGCCAGGGAGCGGAUCCCCAGGAUCGAUCCAUAUGGAUUUGAAAGGCCUGCAGACUUUGAUUAUGCCUCUUAUGAAGACUUUUUUUCCACCUAUCUAAGGAUACUCACUAACAGAGCAAUCAAGUGGUCAAAGCUUUUGAAGGGAAAAAAUAGCGUCCAGAAAAAUAUGAAAGUAAAACGAUAUGUAAGGAAAGGUGUUCCCAAUGAACACCGCGCAUUUGUUUGGAUGGCCACAAGCGGAGCCCAGGAACAGAUGGACCAGAACCCAGGAUAUUAUCGGAAGCUACUGGAAGGUGAAAGAAAUGACAAGCUGGUGGAGUCGAUCAAGACAGACAUGAACAGGACAUUUCCAGACAAUGUAAAAUUCAGACAGACUGCUGAUCCCUGCUUACAACAUACCCUGUACAAUGUAUUGGUAGCAUAUGGACAUCAUAAUCGAGGUGUAGGAUAUUGCCAGGGAAUGAAUUUCCUGGCAGGAUAUCUGCUUCUCAUUACAAAGAGUGAAGAGCAAUCCUUUUGGUUACUGGAUGCUCUUGUGGGAAGAAUAUUGCCUGAUUACUAUAGUCCUGCAAUGAUGGGUCUGAAAACAGACCAGGAAGUUCUUGGUGAGCUCGUGAAGAUGAAAAUUCCAUCUGUGGCAAACCUAAUGGACCGACACAACGUCAUGUGGACCUUAGUAGUCUCCCGUUGGUUUAUUUGUUUAUUUAUUGAUAUACUCCCAGUAGAGACGGUACUCCGAAUUUGGGAUUGUUUAUUCUAUGAGGGUUCAAAAAUUAUAUUUCGUGUGGCCUUAACAUUAAUUAAGCAACACCAAGCCUCUAUUCUGGAAGCUACUAAUUUCCCAGAUAUAUGUGAAAAAUUUAAGCAGGUCACAAAGGGGCCAUUUGUCACCGAAUGUCACACAUUCAUGCAGAAAAUAUUUACAGAACCUGGAAGUUUGUCCACGGCCACCAUCACCAAACUUCGAAAGAACUGUAGAGAAAAGCUACUUGUUCAGGGAUAAACCAACCAUGUCUUAAACUCCACAUUCCUCCUGCACUUGCACUGGCUGAGAGAACUGUCUCUUCCACAGUGGACAGGACUAAGUUUUCCUGCUUCUCUCAUAUGUGUGGGUGUAAAUACUCCCACUGUUUCACUAAACUUUGAUAAUGAUU